UAUUUUCUCUGCAAAGCAUAUACCUUCACGAUGUCUUCCGGCAAGACCGUCACUCUGAACACGGGCCACAAGAUCCCACAAUUGGGAUAUGGCACCUGGCAAGCCGCUCCUGGCGAAGUCGGCAACGGUGUCUAUGAAGCCUUGAAGAUUGGCUACCGCCACCUUGAUCUUGCGAAGAUCUACGAGAACCAGAAGGAGGUCGCCCAAGGUAUCAAGCGCGCCUUCAAGGAGUUUAACAUCAAGCGUGAAGACGUCUUCAUUACCUCGAAGCUUUGGAACACUCAGCACGACCCCAAGACUGUGGAGGCCGCCCUCGACGAUACUCUUGCCGAGCUUGAGCUGGAGUACCUUGACCUCUACCUCAUCCACUGGCCCGUCAACUUCGGCCCGGGCAAGGAUCCCCACUCCGAUCUCUUCCCUGCGACCUCCGACCCCAAUGAGGUGAACAUCGACAACUCCAUCCCCAACAGCGAGACAUGGAAGGCUGUGCACGCGUUGCCCAAGAGCAAAGCCCGCUCUACCGGCGUGUCCAACUUCACUGCUAAAUCGCUCAAGGAGCUCGUUGACAAGACGGGUCUCGUCCCCGCCGUCAACCAGAUCGAGCGCCACCCUAUCCUCCCUAGCGACGAGCUCAUCGCGUACGCGAAGGAGAAGAACAUUCACAUCACCGCCUAUUCCGCCUUCGGUAACAACUUCUUCGACAUUCCUCUUCUCAUUACCCGGCCUGAGAUCAAGGCCAUUGCCGAAAAGAAGGGUGCUACUCCUGCACAGGUUAUCCUUGCAUGGAGCCAGAUUGGUGGACACUCGGUCAUCCCCAAGUCGGUGACUGCGUCUCGUAUCGCGGAGAACUUCAAGGAAAUUGAAUUGGAUGAGGAGGACGUCAAGGCGAUCAAGAAGUUCUCGGAUGAGCACCAGGGUAGGAGGAGGUAUAACGUUCCUUACACAGCGAACAAGCCUCGCUGGAGCAUCAACAUCUUCGACGAGCCUGAGGAGCAGGAAGCCCCCAACAAGUAUAUCAUCUAAACGGAGUAGAUUGUUUUCGCACGAGAGCCGCU